AUGGCGGGAAUCUCGGAAGCUCAUUCUUGCUCUCGUUCUUUUGCAGGGCAGCUUUAUCACAAGCCUUCCAUCUCGGUGUUCCCCCAUCCUGAGGUGAUCCAGGGGGGAAAUGUCCGCAUCUCCUGUGGGAAUGCGCUUUACUCACAUGCAACAUUCCAUCUCUUCAAAGGAUUAAUUUCACAACCUGUGAAAGUUCAGCAGCCUUCAAGUUUCCAAUCUUAUUCGGUUGUGUUUAACAUUUCCAAUGUCCAGCAAUCAGAUGGGGGGAGCUACUCAUGUGUUUAUUGCAUCUCUGAAGACCUGAAUCGACGGUGCUCAUUGGCCAGUGAUACAGUCUCCAUUGUUGUAGCAGCUGAAGUGUAUCCCAAGCCAUCCAUCAGCGUGAGCCCAGGUGAGCUGCUUUCCCGCGGAGAAAAUGCCAGCAUCCGCUGCAAGAGCUCACAGCAGGCAAAUGGGGAGUUCAUUCUACGGCAAACAGUGUUUUCGAGAACCUAUCGUACCAAGAAGACAGCAUCGGAUGAGGUUGUCUUUCCCAUCGGCCAAGCUAAGAGCUCACAUGCUGGGAUGUACCAGUGCAGGUACUGCUUCCAUUCGGACUCCGCCUUCUAUAAACGCUGCUCAGGCUACAGCGACAAGGCCUACAUCAACAUCACAGGUGAGUGCCUGCCCAGCCCUUCCGGGCAGCAGGUAUGAGCAACACUAAAACGAGUUCAUAUUUUUCUGCCUCUGUAAAUGAAAGUGGGAGACUGUGUAGACGAAAACCUCUCUUCAAUUGAAGAAGGGCUCUCUCCCGCUUUAGAUCAAAUAAAUACCAAUACAUCAUUGCCCAGUGCCAGUUUCCUGCUGGGUAGGCGGGAUUUUCCAUGAUGCAUGACUCCUUGCAGCACUUUUACCCAUGGCUAAAUCCCAAGCUGUCCUGCAGUGGAGAGUUCCAGUGGCACCUUGAAGUGUCUGCCCCUGCACUGAAGCCUGAAAUCCGUGUUCGCCUUGCCCAUGAAGUCAAGGUGCGCAUCA